UCAUUCACUCAGCUGCUGCUGCUACUCUCCGGGAGGAAAAAAAAAAAUGUCUUGGGGCUAUUCUCAGUUCCAAGUCUUCUUACUAUCCGUUUAUCUGAUUGUGUUAUCUCAGCUUAGCAGAGCCAGUGACACUGAAAGCCAGCAACCUCCAAUCCCAACAGACAAGCUGUUGGUUUUAACUGUUGCAACUCAAGAAACAGAUGGCUUCCUUCGAUUCAUGCAAUCUGCUAAGCACUUUAACUACAUUGUGAAGGCUCUAGGCACAGGACAAGAAUGGAAAGGAGGAGAUAUAUCAAAUUCAAUAGGAGGAGGUCAGAAAGUACGCCUGUUGAAGGAGGCAUUGGAAAGCUUAAAUGACCAGGAGGACCUUAUAGUCCUUUUCACAGACAGUUAUGACGUCAUCUUUUCUGGAGGCCCUGAAGAGUUACUUAAAAAGUUCCAUCAAACAAAGCACAAGGUUGUAUUUGCCGCAGAAGCAUUUGUCUGGCCUGACAAGAGAUUAGCUGACAAGUACCCCGUGGUGCGCAGUGGGAAACGAUUUCUUAACUCAGGAGGAUUUAUUGGAUAUGUACCCAGUGUAAAACAAAUUGUGCAACAAUGGACAUUGCAAGAUAAUGACGAUGAUCAGCUUUUCUACACCAAAAUUUACAUUGAUUCACUUCAACGGGAACGUAUAAACAUUACUUUGGAUCACAAAUCUCACAUUUUCCAAAAUCUAAAUGGAGCAAUUGACGAGGUUGCAAUUUACUUUGAUGGUGAAAAAGCUAGAGCAGAAAACACCCAGUAUGAGACUUUGCCAGUUGUAAUACAUGGAAACGGCCCUACCAAGGUUCAACUAAACUACUUUGGAAAUUAUGUUCCUGAUAUGUGGACACCUACAGAUGGAUGUCAAAAUUGUGAUUUAGAUGCCAUUGAUUUAUCAGCGAUUGAUGACUAUCCAGAUGUAACAGUUGGAGUCUUUAUUGAACAGCCAACUCCUUUCCUGCCAGAGUUCUUCAGCAGACUGUUGGCACUUGACUAUCCCAAAGAAAAGCUAUCGGUCUUUAUUCAUAACAGUGAGGUUCACCAUGAAAAACAUAUCCAGAAGUUUUGGGAAAAAGCCAAGGGGGUCAUUAAGACUCUCAAGGUGGUCGGACCUGAAGAAAAGAUCACGCAGGGAGAAGCAAGGAACAUGGGAAUGGACAUUUGCCGGCAGGAUGAGCAAUGUGACUACUACUUUAACAUUGAUGCUGAUGUAGUGGUGACAAACCCAAAGACUUUAAAAAUACUAAUUGAACAAAACAGAAAAAUCAUUGCACCUCUGGUGACCCGUCAUGGCAAACUCUGGUCAAACUACUGGGGUGCUUUAAGUCCUGAUGGAUUUUAUGCAAGAUCAGAAGAUUAUAUUGAUAUUGUUCAAGGCAAUAGAGUAGGUGUAUGGAACAUUCCAUAUUUAGCCAACAUCUACCUAAUCAAAGGACAAACCCUUAGGACUGAAUUAAAGGAAAUAAAUAAUUUUAUUCUGGACAGGCUGGACCAUGACAUGGCACUGUGCAGAAAUGCAAGGGAAAUGAGUUUACAAGUACAGAAAGACUCCCCAUCUGCAAGAACAUUCCAUAUGUUCAGACCCCCUAAGGGGGUUUUCAUGUACAUUACAAAUCGCCAUGAAUUUGGAAGACUUCUUUCAACAGCUAACUAUAAUAUUUCUCACUAUAACAACGACCUUUGGCAAAUAUUUGAAAAUCCUGUGGAUUGGAAGCUAAAAUAUAUAAAUGCCAAUUACUCCAAGAUCUUUACAGAAAGCAUUGUUGAACAGCCCUGUCCAGAUGUGUUUUGGUUUCCAGUAUUUUCUGAUCAGGCCUGUGAUGAGAUCGUUGAAGAGAUGGAACAUAAUGGACAAUGGUCUGGUUCAAAACAUACAGACAAACGAAUUACUGGAGGGUAUGAGAAUGUUCCAACAGACGAUAUUCACAUGUCUCAGAUUGGGAUGGAUAAUGAAUGGAUCCACUUUAUUAGAGAAUACAUUGCUCCAGUAACUCUCAAAGUGUUUGCUGGCUACUAUACCAAAGGCAGAUCUUUACUCAACUUUGUGGUAAAAUAUACUCCUGAUCGACAGUCUUACCUGAGACCUCAUCAUGAUGCUUCAACAUUUACCAUCAACAUAGCUCUCAACAAAAAGGAUACUGAUUUUCAGGGAGGUGGAUGCAGAUUUGCCAGGUAUAAUUGCUCAAUUGAUUCACCAAGAAAGGGGUGGAGCUUCAUGCACCCUGGGCGACUCACACACUUGCAUGAAGGACUUCCUGUGACGAAUGGGACAAGAUACAUUGCAGUUUCUUUUAUUGAUCCAUGAACUCUGGCAGACUCCUGAACCCAUCAGCAAACUAAUUUGGCUUUUUGUAUUUUUUUAUUUAUAGAGUUUUUGUUUAAAUUCAGAUAAGAGUAUUUACUACUGUUUUAAAAGAAUAUGGAACAAUAAUGGUACUUGGGGACCAGCAAAAUAUGCAUCCUGAAUAUCACAUUGGAUAAAUCCCCUUACUGCUC